CAUUCUAAAAAUAACUUCGCUCGAAAUAACUUCCCUGUCAUCAGAAAUGUCCGGAGGAGAGGUCUACUAAUCUGUGUAGACAGGUAGGACGGGCCACAACCUUUGUCAUAGGGAGGAACGUUGGAUCACUGGAGGUUUCUGUAAAAUUCUUGCUGUUCGAGUGACGUGUAGAAACGACGAAGUGGUAUGUAAGAUUAAAUUUAAUUGUUAAGAAAGUGACAAAAAACAACUAACAGUAUAAAGGAAGAAGCAAAAUGAACAGACAAGCAGCGAAGUAGCAAUUUUAACUGGAAACUUGUUGCUCGUAAACACAGGAAGUAAAAUCAUGUUAAGGGCUGAUGACUUGUUCUUACUUUCAGAGAGGGGGUUUGAGAAUGAACUAAAAGUUUAUAACUUGCUGAACAUCGAAACAUCUCCCCCCAAAAAAAUUCACAUCAAACAUGGCUGCUUUGCAUGAUGACAUGACCUGUGCAGUUUGUACCGAAGUUUACAUAUCGCCGAGGUUUCUGCCCUGUCAUCACAGUUUCUGUCUAGCAUGUCUAGAGGAGCUGGAAUAUAGAUAUGGAGACAUCAUCCCGUGUCCUACCUGUAGAGCUCCUGCUACUGUACCGCCAGGUGGUGUGUGUGAUCUACAAGUCAACUUCUACUUCACGGAGGAGGCUCUGGAGAGGGCGCGCAUUGAGGGAAGUCGCUCCAUGUGUCCUGUUCACACCAAGAGUGUGUUAUAUUUUACUGUACACACUGUGACCAAGCCAUCUGUAUAAGAUGUAAACUCUCUAAACACGAUGGGCAUGUUACUGAAGAUUUGCCAGAAACCGUCUCUCGCUGUAAGAAAACGAUUGAAAAAAAAACAUUAAAUCCUUUAAAGAUGCGAUCACUCGCCUAAAAAACAAAUUGGAAUCUUGUAAACAAAGUGAGAAGCGAGCCCUAGAAAAGCGAGCUGCAGUAACGGAACAGAUUCAAGUCCGGUAUGACGUCAUUGUGGCCAUGGCAGCAAAAUAUCGCGACCAAGCACUUAUGGAACUCAAGAAAGCUUCCGAUGAUUUGGAGAAAGUUCUGGCCGCUGACACACAGCGAGUACAGGAUGAGCUCAACUCACUUCUCAAACUUCAAUCCCGCGCUCAACUCGCGCUGAGUUCGACAUGUGACACGGAGGUCCUGCAGGUGGAGAGAGAGAUGACACGGGGAGAAGGAAGCUCAGAGCAGCUGAGAGAACGAGAAGAUGGACUGCCUGUCACGACUUACCGCCCUGUACUCCACGGUGACUUCUAUAACUACAUUGAGGACCACUACAUGAAGACAUUUAUCGGGUCACCAGUCAAACAGAUUUUUCCAAGCAAGAAAACCGUAGACAUCGUUCGCGAAGGUCGAUUUGGCGAUGGAGGAUGUCGGGAAGUGCAUGCUAUGAGGCAGAGGGAGGACGGAAGUAUCGAUGUGUUUUAUGGCGGAACAGGAGGCGACUACACCAAAGAGAAAGGUGUAAAUGUCAACUCUGAUGGUUCAAGAGGACCUGAGACAGACUACGGAAUGCGGAUAUCAUGCGUCACACGUAAGGAUGACAUUUUGCCAUGGGAAGAGCCAUCGUUCUGUCAUCUUGGUUCUAAGAAUAAAAGUAUGCAUUUGUUAAGUCAGCAUUUUGAAACGGGUGUGUUUAGUAUCUGUUCAAUGAAAGACGAAGAAACAGAUGAAAAAGAAACACUUACUCUUUUAUUGAGCCCACAAUUACACAGGGGACACAACUUUGAUUCAAACGAGCAAGGGACGUUCUUUGCUGUAGUAGAUGAAGAUGAGAAUAAGAACUCAGAUGAUGAAUCAAUGAGAACAAACGAGAAUAAAGAGGGUAGCCGGCGUUACCGUGUUGUACGUCUGUAUUCUAACAAAUCUGACGACCCCAUAGCGACCUACACGGAAAAGAACUUCUUCCCAUCAGACGUCAACUUUUGUGGCGAAGACGUGCUGCUGAUCGCUGAUUGGAUGAACGACUGUGUGCACGUGACAAGAGUGUCAGACCGGGGCAUCGAGUUUGUCUGCUUCCUUCCUGGCAGUGGUGACAUGGUGCGGCCCACAGCUCUGAACCUUGACCUUAACGGUCAACUGCUGAUUGGAUGUGGUGAUGGAUGGGUCCUCAGAGUAUCUGUCGACUACUAGGACAGAUUUCCAGAUGACAUUUUCUAUAUGAUGUGACAAAGUAUGAGGCAGUGUAUUAGAACGACACCCACAGAACAUAGGAAAUCCAUCAUAGUCAGCAGCAGUUUCUAGGAUUUCAAAUGAUGAGCUUCAUUGGAAAUGUUUCAUUCUAGAUAUGAAUGAUUAUUGUUACUAUAAUUACACAUUAUACUUCCAACACAGAAAUGCUUUUAAUUUACAAAUUAGAUAUUUUUUGUAUGCCGUCUGUGUUGAUGUUAGGUAUAGCAGCUGAACAUCUUUAAUUACACUACUUAUUAUAUUCCUCUAUGCUAGCAGACUGAAACACCAAUUCUGCAUACAAAUACAAGUAAAUGAGGGAAUGACGAUUAUCCAUAUUCUCGACAAUUUUGAAGAAGUGUCAUCAUGCAUAGAUACAAACACAAUUGCAUCUUAGAUCAUUUUCUUCCAUCGCUCAACAUCAUCAGUGUUCAGUGUACACCACCUCGCUGGGUUACGAUGAAAGGCAUGACGAGGUGACUGAAGUAUGCAAGGUCUUCCUGUUCGACUUUUAUCAACUCUGCCUAAAAUCUAUUUGUACCUGAAGCAACUAUCUUAAGUUAUACAUAAAUGUGACUAUUAGGUACAGAGAAAGUGUUGUAGCGAAUGUCAGCAAGUAAUGAUGGAAAAGUUAGGGACACAGUAAAAGAUAUCUGUCAUAGUUAAAGCAAGUUAUGAAGCGACUAGAAGUCCAGACACUGAGCUAUGGACUGUCGUGGACAAACUGCAAACUGUGUUCACGAAAUCUCAUCAUCUGCUCCACAUGGAUGGAGUUUGUUUUGAAAGAAAACAACAGAGCCUUUUCUGCUGCGUCUGCGAAAAAUAAUUUUAAAUUGCUGCUUCUUAAAAAUAAUAAGUGCAAAUUUACUAUUUUUUGCAAAAACAUUACUUGUAAAGAAGUAUUUCUAGUGUAUACACUAUAUUCGUUAGUAUGUCCUAGAUGCACAAAUAUUCAUAAAUUGGAAUUAUUUGCAAAAUUAUUGCUUUAACAAAUCUGAAGUGUUUUCUUUUAUUUGAGCAGAAAUUUGCCAAUGUGAAACAUUUUUCAGUUUUGUUUCUGACAUAUUAUGCAAGCGUAUGUGCGUGCCACUUCUUUGUGGGUGUGUUUGCGUGCGCGCGCUCCUUUUUUGUUUAGUUCAUUGUUAGCCCGUGUUGCCAGUCCAUGAACAGUGGAACAAAGUGAAUGCCAUGUGGCCUCAAGAAUAUUGAAAAUAAUGACAUUUCUUGAUGAAACUCUUCUAUGGCUCAUCCUCUUCAGUAUGACUCCAAACCUACCAACAGACACAAUUUUGUGAAAGCAGGAGUAAGCCCAUGUAGUUAUAUACUAUAUGCACUACUUGAAACAAAUUUUUUUAUUUAAAGUUUGCUUUCGAAACUCUAAAUAGAGAAAUAGAAUUUCGUGAACACUGGCUUUUUAUAUCACCAUCUAGAUAUUAUAUUAAUAGUGACAUUUUAAAAAAUGCUAAAGAAAACUGUUACACUAAUUAAUAUACUUGGUUUGUGUUUGUUUACACUCUGCAGCAUGUUAUGUUCAUAAGCAGGAAAAUGUUGUAAGUAAUCGUCUGUAUCACAAUUUACGUAUGUCUGAAAGUCCUCGUCACACAAGGUUGACUAUAAUCGUAAUCAGCGUUGUGGUUCUUUUCCCAGACCAAAUAGUGUGUACAUAUUUUAUGUAUGUUGUUGUGUACAAAUUGCAUUUCAAAUCAGCUGCUGCUGUGUGCAAAUUUUGUUUGCACAUUUAUUCAGUUGUGUUUAACCAGGGUGCGGAGAGAGGGGAGUGGCUGCCUUGGGUAGUCGACAAAUUUUAUGUUCUCUGACACUGCGCUAGCAGCAUGGCUUACACAGGUAUAGGGAAAAGAAAAGUUAAAUCCUUCUUUUACUUUAAAGUAUGCAAAGAGAAAGUUUGUGCUAAAAAUAAAUUCACUCGAACUAACUUCCCUGUCACCAGAAAUGUCCGGAGGAGAGGUCUACUAAUCUACGUAGACAGGUAAGACGGGCCACACCCUUUGUCAUAGGGAGGAACGUUUGAUCAUACUGAGGUUUCUGUAAAAUUCUUGCUG